AUGAAUGGUACAGUUGAUAUUAUACUCACUUGUCAUGCUUGUUGUAGUUAUGGUAGUAGCGGUAGUGGUAGUCGCACUAGUAGUACUAGUUGUACUUGUAGUGGUAGUGGUGGUCGUAGUCGUACUAGUAGUGCUAGUUGUACUUGUAGUGGUAGUGGUGGUGGUAGUUGUACUAGUAGUGCUAGUUGUACUUGUAGUGGUAGGGGUGGUGGUAGUUGUACUAGUAGUACUAGUAGUGCUAGUUGUACUUGUAGUGCUAGUAGUGGUCGUAGUACUCGUCGUAGUUGCUAACAAGCUGGUCGAACUCAAUCCGGUGAAUGUUGUCGUUUAUUUACUCGUUGUAAUCAACGUCUUUCGUUUGUUGAUUUUCCUCAAGCUGACAUGAUCACAUCAAGUUUAGAUAAUAUUUAUUUACAAGGAAAAUUAUUAAAUGUAAAUAAUGUUAAAACAUUUCUUCAAGAUGCACUUUAUCCAUCAUCAAUUGAAGCUAUUGAACAUGCUGUACAAUAUUAUAUGUAUAGAUAUAAAUAUGUUUUUAUUUUAAUUGAAAUUGAAUUUUAUUCAAAUUUUGUUACUCCAAUUGAUAAAAUUCAAGAAAUCAAUCAAAUAUGUCGUCGAUUUGUUGAUAAUACAUACAACGUUCGAUCAUGGUUAUCUGUUCAAGUUCGUGAUGAAGCAUUACAGAUAACUGAUAAUAUUCCAAAAGGUCAAUUAUCACUUGAACAAAUAUCACAACCAUAUGGUCAAUUAGCUAAAGUCCAAUCACCAAGUGAUGUUCUAAUGAGAUUAGCUCGUUCAACGCCAUAUUAUAAAUGA